UAACAAUGCGAGAAACUUUCUUUUCGUAUAGUGAACACUGGCUGAACAGAUCUCAGAAUGUUUUCGUUGUAAGGAACGAGACUUACAAAUAAGAAUUUCCGUUAACAUUUUAUGUGAAAGAGUGUGUGUUUAUACACCAUGCAGUCGAAGUGUUGUGCCUUCAAUAAAGGCCCUUCAUAUAUAGAAACAAAAAAAUAAUCUUAUCUUUUCAUGGUCUGUUGUGUUCACAUUCAUAAUAUCAAAAACAUACUCUUCCAUUAAUAAUCAGUGUGUAGUGUAUACCUUCACUUAUGUUCAUAAUCGUCCGAUCGUUGCGUUCGAUGUUACUCGCGUUUACUUUCGUUUAACGAAUUUUUUUUUGGUAUUUCUAUUAGUUCUCUCAAGUGUUUCCCUGUUGUGAGUUCGAUGUGUGCUCAAUUUAAAUUAAUUUAAACAACAGAAAAAACACAUCGAGGUUGCUAUAUAUAUGUCAAUAUUAUCUGUGAUCGAAAACAUAAAAUCAUUGUGUCGCGCGGAAUUAAAGAAAAUUCUUACUGAAAAUGUACACGAAUUGUCUGAAAAGAAAUGCAAAUUUUGUCUUACGUACAAGUGUUCGAUCAUAUCAAAGUGAACAAGGUGUUUAUGGAUACAGAAAGAAGCCAAAAGUCAGCUAUGAAGUUCCACAAGACAUUCUUGAGGCGAGACAACGAAAUAGCAAUACAUAUCGAUGGGUAGAAGCAUACCGAAAACACAGUCACAGAUUGGCAAACAUCAAUUCAAUUUCGUAUCAACCGAUUGAAAGUUACAUUCCAGAACUACAACCAGCACAUUAUGGCCUCAAUUACAGUGAUAAUGUCAAUCUCAAAGGAAUACUGACCACAACUGAAACCGAAUCUUCAAUUAAACACAUCGAAAAUCACCUGAAGCAAACCUACUGUGGUUCGGUGGGCGCUGAAUUUUCUUAUGUGGAAUGCGAAUAUGAAAAGGAAUGGCUCACAGAAAACUACGAACGAAUAAUGAGCGAGACUGUUCCGAAGGAAACGCAAAUCGAAAUUGCUGCACUAUUGUUAAAAUCACAGGCUUGGGACAAUUUUUUAGCCACUAAAUUUUCGACGGUUAAACGAUACGGAGCAGAGGGUGCCGAAUCUAUGAUGGCUUUCUUCAGAGAACUAUUCAUGUUGUCCGUCGAUGAUGGUAUCAGUCAUAUUGUUUUGGGUAUGCCGCAUAGAGGGAGACUGAAUUUAUUGACGACAAUGUUGAACACUAGACCGGCAAAGAUUUUUAAUAAAUUUAGAGGAAAUCCAGAAUUUCCGAGUGAUGCGAAAGCCAUGUGCGACAUAGCUAGUCAUUUUCACACUUCUGACGACCUCACCUACAAGGGAAAAACGAUACGCAUUUCAACUUGCCAUAAUCCCUCACAUUUAGAAGCUGUAAAUCCAGUUUCAAUGGGAAAAGCUCGAUCUAAACAACAAACGUGCCUGGAAGGCGGAUAUGGUAGUAAUGCAGAUGAAGAGUUUUCUAAAACCAUUCUUAACGUGCAGCUACAUGGUGACGCUGCAUUUGCCGGUCAAGGUAUUAACCAAGAAAUGCUGAUGAUGGCUGGUACACCACAUUUUGACGUAGGCGGUACAAUUCAUAUGAUCGUUAAUAAUCAAAUUGGCUUUACAACACCAGCGGAGAGGGGGAAAACGAGCCGAUACAAUUCGGAUUUAGCGAAAAGUAUUCUAGCUCCCGUUUUUCAUGUCAAUGGCGACGAUCCAGAGAGCCUGUGUCGCAUCACAAAAUUGGCCUUUGAAUAUCAGCGAAAAUUCCGGAAAGACAUUUUCAUAGAUUUAAAUUGCUUCCGUCGGUGGGGCCAUAACGAGGUGGAUGAUCCGACGAUUACAAACCCUUCGAUGUAUCAAAUAAUUCACUCGCGCAAGUCCGUCCCAGAUCUUUAUUCGGAAAAAAUUGUUAACGAAAAUGUGACGACCAGAGAGCCAUUUUUGACGUUGUUAAAGAACAUGUUGCAUUUUUGAACUCCUGAACUUUCUGCAACUGAUUCAUACAAACCAGAGGCGUAUUAUUUCAAGAAACAAUGGUCUCACAUACAACAGGCGUCCAGUUAUGUAACCACAUGGGAUACUGGAAUUGACUACAGUCUACUUCGUUACAUUGGAGAGAAAAGUGUAACGAUUCCAAAAGAUUUUAACCUUCAUCCACACCUACUCAAAACUCAUGUGAAUGCAAGAAUAAAGAAAUUGAAUGAAGGCCAAAAGAUUGACUUUGCUACAGCAGAAGCAAUGGCAAUGGGCAGCCUGAUGUAUCAAGGGUACAAUGUUCGUAUAAGUGGGGAAGAUGUUGGUCGAGGCACAUUCGCUCACCGACACGCAAUGUUAGUGGAUCAAAAAACCAAUGAAAUGUUCAUUCCUCUGAAUGCCAUGGAAGGUGGAUUCGGUGGAAAAUUGGAGGUAGCAAACAGUAUCUUGUCUGAAGAAGCGGUUCUAGGCUUUGAAUAUGGAAUGUCAAUCGACAAUCCUAAUACGUGUUUCAUCUGGGAAGCUCAAUUCGGUGAUUUCUUCAACGGAGCUCAGAUAAUAUUCGAUGCGUUCAUCGCGAGUGGAGAGACAAAGUGGAUGUACUCGUCCGGACUGGUCAUUCUAUUGCCUCAUGGAUAUGAUGGGGCGGCAUCGGAACAUAGUUCCUGUCGCAUUGAGCGAUUCCUCCAACAAACUGACUCUAAGGAAACUCUUCCAGAUGGAGACGAUGUUAAUAUGCAAGUUAUCAAUCCUACAACACCUGCCCAAAUGUUCCACGCUCUUCGCCGACAAAUAAUUCGAAAUUUCAGGAAGCCAUUGAUCGUGGUUUCACCGAAAAUCCUACUCAGACUGUCCGAUGCGACAUCCUCCUUUGCUGAUUUUGAACCGGGAAAAUCAUUUUUACCAGUCAUUGGUGACAAUGUAGUUUCAAAUCCAGCCAAUGUGAAAAGGAUCAUCCUUUGCAGUGGCAAACAUUACUAUGCAUUGAACGACGAACGUUUGGCAAAGAAAUACGACGAUGUGGCGAUUAUUCGCGUGGAAUCGUUGUGCCCAUUCCCUGUUGGUGAAAUUAACAAAGAAUUGGAAAAGUAUAAAAAUGCACAUGUCGUUGUAUGGAGUCAGGAAGAACAUAGAAAUAUGGGUGCAUGGACGUUCGUGAAGCCAAGAUUUGAAAAUAUGUGUGGACGAAAGAUCAAAUACUACGGACGUUCAGAGGGUGGUACACCAGCUGUUGGCGUAUCGUUAUGGCACAAAGCUGAAGCAGCUGAUGUGGUCAGGAGCCCAUUCACAAUUGUAUAGUUAAAAUGAAGCAAAUCUUCCGUGUAAAUCGUAAACUUUAUGGUCAAAGUCAAUGAACGUGUUAGUUGAGAAACGGUUUUGUUUCGUAAAACUGAGCGGCACGCCUGAUUUAAUGUAUUAAAAUUCUCAUGUGCCGAUCAGCAUUAAUGAUAAAAAGAAGCGAAACGUAAAAA